AUGGCGAAAGUCGAGUGUUUGAUUUGCUUUUCAGAGGCUUUUAAUGGUCAGCUGCAAGCACUGAAAGAUGGCUUCAACGCCCUAAUGGAGGAGUACGACUACCUCAUUAAGGUGUUAACGCUCGGCGACUCUGGUGUCGGCAAAACCUGUCUCCUCUACCAGUACACUAAUCACACGUUCAUCAAGAACUUCGUUUCAACGGUCGGCAUCGAUUUUCGAGAGAAGAGAGUGAACUCGCACAGUUGUCGUUGUCACGCCACACUGACAACUGCUCUUCUGGUGGUAGCCGACCGUCUGCCAUCUGACUCCAUCCUCACGGUAACAUCGGCGAAAGUAGUAUGA